AUGAAUACACAAACAUUUUAAAGACUACAAUCAGAAGCAACUAAGAAGAGAAGUACAAUGCUUAAGAUCGUAACCGGAAUGUUGCUAGGUAUUUCUGGAACUCUUCUAUUUCUUAACAUCUUCGGUUCUCAAGAGCAAAAUGUUAGCAAAGUAAUGAAUCUUGCUACCUUUAACUAAUGGGCUUCCUAUGGAUAAUGUAACUUAUUCGCUGAUACUGGAUUUGGAGGAAGAAAGAUCGUGCUUUACCCAGGAUAUAAGGGUAAUCUCGGGAAUCUUUAACCUGGUUUCAAUGAUGAACUUAGUUCUAUCCAAAUUGGAUCAGGAUUAAGAGUCUUGUUUUGCUCAAAUAAUAACUGCGAAGGCAAUGAAUGGUCCGAUAAAUUUGAACUCCUAGGGCCAUACAAUGCACCAUUUCUUUCAGUUAAUGAUUGGGUUAGCUAUAUAGAGGUUUAUAACUAUGAUGAAAAUGUAGAUCCAAGAGUUAUGAUCAUAGGAGGUUCAUAAUUCAACAUCGACAGAUCUGGAACCUUCCCACCAGGAUAAUAUUUUUCUGCUGAUCUCAAGAGAAAUGGUAUUGACAUUCCAAGAUAUCCAGGUGGUGCAUCAAGCAUUGUGGUCCCUAAGAAUUUAAUAGCCUAUGUUUAUAAGCAAGAUUACUUGUAAGGCGAGAUGAAGACUAUCAAUGGACCAGCUUAGAUCGACCUUACUACCUACGAAGGAGGAGCAUGGAAUGAUAACAUUGGAAGUAUGGUUAUAUCUAAAUUAACUUUUACUCCAAUUGUGAUCACAGGCUACUGGUACAAGGUCAUUGCUUCUACUGAUUAAAUAAGCGCAAGUGUUGAAACAACAUCAGGAAUUUCAACCACUAAGACCAAUAGUCAGGAAAUUUAAGCUUCACUCUCACUAGGAUUUGAAGUUGGAAGUGAACUCAUCGGAUAGAAAGCUUCCAUCAGUGGCACUGUUGCUAAAGCUGUCAGCAGAAGUGUAGAUUCAACAUUGAGCUAAUCAGGUACAUAUAAAAUUUAGGCCCAAUGUAGUAACCCUUAGAGAGUUAAAAUGAGUCUCUGGUAAUGGAGAAUGUCUGGUAUUAAAAAUGGUGUAGAGGUCAUGGACAUGAAAGAUAAUGAAUUUAUAUGCAAGACUGGAGAUUAAUCACCUAGAUGUCCAGUUGGCUUCUGUUAAGAUAAUGAAUGCACUAUCUGUAAACCAGGAACAUAUUAGUGA